CACCUUACAGUCUUGAGAGGCUCGUCAUUUUACCAUUAAAAUCCCGCGCCACCUAAAUCGCUAAGCCACCCCACGAUGCAGCACCCAUUUUCCUCCACUAUUUUGAUUCUUUACAUCUCUGGCUCUCAAUCUUUUAACACUAAUCUUUAUUAAUAUAUCUCUGUUUCAAUGAAACCUAUUGUAAUUUCAAUUCUUUCAGUCUGUAAUUAUGCGUGGGACUUGUUCCAAUGUCGAUGAUUCCCCUCAAGAACAACCAUCUGAGCAGCCAAUAAUAUGUGAGUGUUCCAAUGAGGAGAAUUGUGAAUGUAGUAGAGGGAUGACUUCUGCUGCACAUUUUAUAAAACACCUUAUUCCGGGUGAAAGUCAAGGGCCUCAGCUGAAUAAUGCCGGUGUUGGAUUGCUUGCCAAUUUUGAAUCCGAGAGGGUCAAUGGCCAUCUUUUAUCUCAUCCUGCAUCUUCAUCUUCAUCCUCAUCCCAAAGAUCACAUUCACAUCAAGCGCAUACAAGCAGCCAGGUAUCAAACAAGGCAGAGUGUACUUCAUCAAUGGUCAAUCAUAACUCGUCGCAAAGACUAAUGGUCCGAAGGAACUGGCAUCCUAAUUCAGAAGCCACAGUAAGAGGCCUAACAAGUUGCAUUCCCAACAGUACUCCAAACCUUAUUAACUCUGGAAAUUGCACCACAUUGCUUUUCGGAUCCACUCCUCUUUGCCGAUUCUCUCUUUCUCAAGGUCUUUUGGGGGUGCCUUCGAAUCUUUUCCACUCUGUAAUGCCUGCCAUUCAGCUUCCCCACGCCAGUGGAGAUUCAACAUCUCAAAUAGAAGAAGCUCCUGCUACUUUUGAUGAUAGUGGAUUCCCUAGUGAGAACCAAAUAAUUGAUAUAUGGAGGCAACUCCUCAUGGAAUCGACUCUAUAUAUACAUAGGCCGGCUGAUACCUUGUUAGAAGGUUCAAGUUCCGUCUUUAGGGUAACGGCUGACAAUGGAUCAGUGGACUUCAGACUUGUAACAGAGAACGCUGAAGUUGUUAACCAAUCACUAGUGUACUUUUCUAUUGAAAUGCGCCAUCGCUUUGGAGGCAUGAGGCUUGAUGUGGAUAACAUGUCAUAUGAGGAACUAUUGGCUUUAGAAGAUCAUAUAGGGUAUGUCAGCACAGGAUUAUCGGAGGAAGCAGCUGUUGCAUCUCUCAAAUGCAGUAAUUAUUUUCUGCUUGCUGAUGAAAAUGCUCAGAAAGAAUUUUGCAGCAUCUGCCAGGAGGAUUUUAUAGAGGAAGAUGAGCUAGGAACAUUGGAUUGCGGACACAGCUUCCACAUUUGUUGCAUCAAACAAUGGCUAGGAUAUAAAAACGUGUGUCCUAUAUGCAAAUCUCCUGCCUUAUCUACUACGUUCUCACUUAUUUAAAUUCAAUGAGGUGUCAUGUACAGUAGUUGAA